GGGCGCGGGGAAUGUUCGCAGCUGGGAGGUGGCCGGGUUGCUACAGCAGCGGUCCUAUUAGCGGCGGCGACCAGGAGUCGGAGGAAGAGGGGGCAGGUGUGGUGCGCCAUGGAAGUGCUGGAUGGUAAGCGUGGCCUGAAGGAAACCACAGAAGAGGAAGAUAAUGGAAGUACAGGAGAAGCUGAAGAUUUGUUACCAUGCAAGAUUUGUGGAAGGACUUUUAUCCCAAAUACAUUAAGAAAACAUGUUCCCAUUUGUCAAAAAUCUGCUGCUAGAAAAAGAAAAACAUUUGACUCCAGCAGACAGAGAGCUGAAGGCACUGAUAUUUCCACAGUAAAACCUUUGAAGCCAAGGCCAGAACCCCCCAAAAAACCAUCAAACUGGAGAAGGAAACAUGAGGAACUGAUAGCAGCUAUACGUGCUGCCAAAGGAGUUGAUCAGGUUCUUAAGGAAGGGGGAAAGCUUCCUCCACCACCCCCACCUACUUACGAUCCUGAUUACAUCCAAUGCCCGUAUUGCCAGAGAAGAUUUAAUGAAAAUGCAGCUGAUCGACAUAUAAAUUUUUGUAAAGAACAGGCAGCACGUAUUUCAAACAAAGGAAAAGUGAUUGCUGAGGUCAAAGGGAAGCUUCCAACUAGAACACAGUACAAGCAGCCAUCAGUAAAGAAGAUGGUAGCCACUGGAGGAAUGCCGCCAGCCUCAUCACGGUUACCACAGCCAAGUUCACCUGCAAAUAAAAUACUGUCUUCAAGUGGUCCAAUGGGAACCAAAAUCCAGAGUUCAUCUCCAGCUCAUAAAAACUUGCCAAGGACAAACCUACAAACAGGAGGGAUCAUGAAAUCACGGGCAGUAGCAGCUGCUAGUACACCAAGAAAUGCUGGCAUGGCUAUGGUAGCAAACAAAAGAAAAGCUCACAAUACUGAAAGUUACUCAAACAGAACUGGAUACGAGGGUGGAGAUUGUUCAUCUUCAGUUAAUGGAGGAACUUCAAAAUCAAGUGAAGGCAACUCACCUUUGCAGUUACCAAAAUUUUGUUAUGAAUGUGGCGCUAGAUACCCAGUUGAAUCUGCAAAAUUCUGCUGUGAAUGUGGAGUCCGAAGAAUGGUUUUGUGAACACAUACUCUAAAAUAGAAUAAAAGACAGUAAGCUCUUCAUUUGCUGUGGUUGCAUGGAAAUCUGUGCUAAACCUUCUCAUCAGAACUCUUGCUAAAACACAAUAGCAGUUUUCUAAGAGCAAUUCUUUUUGGUUGCGAAGUAAUUUAUAUAAAUAUAUAAAUAUACUGUAUAUAAAUGCUGUGCCAUGCAAGAAAGUAUUCCUGAGACACUGUUAGAAAUAUUGUUACUAGGGAAAAUAUUAACUCAAGAGGUAGGAGUGUUGUUUUUGUUUUUGGAAUCCUACUAGUAUUAUAUCCAUAUGUCUCUUAUUAACUCAUGGUGUUAAUCCUGAAUAAUUUACUCUAGAUUCUAAUAAAGAAUUCAUAUAUAAAGAGAAUAUGGGCUGAUGCUCUUAAGUUAGCCGGUAAUUUAAUGAGUGUCUCCUCACAAAUCUUAUUAACAACUGAGAUAGUUUCAGUUCAGAUUGAUUGAUCUUUUCUACUCUAUAAUUCUGCUUACAGAUCGGCACAUUUUUUUCUGCAGCUGCAUCUAAAAGAAUUUUAUACAACACUUCCUCAUGUACAGUGUAAGAUUUUUCCUUGCCAUAUUUUACAUAAAAUUCCUCAAAUAGAAUUGAAUAAGCACUUAGAAUUCUAGCUUACAAUCAUAAACACCAAUAUAUUUGUUCAAUGCGACCUAAAUCAUUUCACUUUCCACCCUUAUAGAGAGCCCUGCAGUUGUUACGUGGACUGUAAGAUAAUAAUAGCAAUAGAUGACACUUUUUUUUUUGCAAUUUUUAUGGAUGUUUCAGAAUUUGACAAUGGAAUAAUGCAUUUUUUGCCUUUGCAAUAUCUUUUUCUUAGGUGUUUUUUGUACCUUCUGAGGCCAAAGCAAAAGGAACUAGUGUCAGAAGGAAUAUAAAUGCUCACUGAAGCUCUUAACCUGCAUCAAAAUUAGAUUGUUAUAUUACUACUAGUUUACAUUUUCACAGCAACUAUUUUUCCUAUGGAGAUGAUUCCUGUAACAUUUAAUUGUGCCUUUCCCAAAAUUAGUUGGAUCAUUUUUUAUCCAAACCAGUAUGUCUAAACUAUUGCCACUCCAGGUAUAGUAACAAUUAAAGCUUUCAGCAGGGCCAUUUGUGGCAUUUGACCACUGCAUAAUUGGCAAUAUAUUUUUAGAUUUCAGUCUUUUUCAGCUGACUCAGUGUGUCUAAAAGCAACUGGAAAUAUAUUUGGUCAAGUUCUUAUUCCUGCCUCUCCUUUCUAGUACAACUAAACAUUUAGCAUUAAUGAGGUCAUUGGUGUGGAAUUGUACUUGUGGAUCUUAAGAUUUUCUGAAAAAAAGUGUUGUAAAUUCUGCCCCAAUGUUGUGCUGUGACCAAGUUCAGUUUCUAGCAAAAUGGUUGUUACUCUGCCAUAGUAUAAUACUGAGUGGGUAUGUUCAUAGUAGGCAUAUGUAGUAAACCACCAAUACUGAAACUAAGUGACCAAGAUGUAUAGAAUUUUGUUGGGGCUUGCACACAUUAUCCUGUAUUGCUUUCUCAUGUGCUCAGUCCAGAUCCAUUUUUAAUUUUUAUUAUGAAGAUUACAUCUGCCUCCCACCAGUUUUAUAUACUGUCCAUUGCAAUAUUUUGCUUAUUGCUUAUAUUUUAAUUUUAUGGGAGGAGGCAUAAAAAGAAUAUUAAAAGUUGCACUUUUAAAAUGUGACUAUCUUAAUAGACCCAACAAAUCAUAUUACUGCUUCUUUGCAAAGGCUCAUAUGAUUAACCAGAUAGAAGGAUUGUUAUGUGGGUUGAUUUAGUAUUUGAAGCCACAUUUUAAGAUCCUAUUUAGCAUAGAAUUGUUUUAUAUGAGUUGGUCUGUGAUAGCAAAAUGUAAGAGUAUCAUCAAAGAUCCUUACAAUGUCAUUUAUAAUGAAAAUGAGAUUGAUAAUAAUAGAAGACAGUCUUAAAAUCAGUAAAUAAUUUUAUAUUGUUUCAGAACAGAAUACAAUGUUUUAAAAUGGCAGUUGUUACUGUGUAAAAUAAUCACAAUCAAUUAAGGAUACUGGGAAAGGUUUUUCAUUUGUUUGUUUUGUCUCAUUUUCUGUUUAGAUCUCUUGCAGAGCACCUGCCCUUUUACAACAAAGAUUAAUUACUGAGGACCAUUUAAUAAGAUGUAACAGGGCAAUUACAUUGUUCUGUGCAGUGGACACAGACAGUCAGGAUCCCAAUAUCUGACUUCAGAUUUUUCAGCUCCUCAAAAAACAAAACACAUUCCUGAAGCUUGGGUGGAAAAGACAAGCCCCUGCCUGUGCAGAAGUACUGUGCCUGCACAUAAAGCUCUUAAAAUCCCAGCUAGUAAGGAGACAUUUUAGAGGUAAUGUUUUAUAAUAUCUCACAAUCCUCAGAAUACUAAGGAGAAAAACAUGUAUCAAAACAUGUAUUCAUUUGUGCUUUUCAGUUCCUAGAAAAAACAGUAGAUCAACUAGAUCAACAUUUGUCCAACUUGGUAACAAAGUUCAGGGUGCAAUCCAUUCAGUCAGUAGGUCCCCCCAUAACUUCAAGGACAACUGGAUAACACCUUCACUCUUGUUUGCAUUCUCAUAGUCAUUUUAAUUUUUAUUUUGCACACUCACACAUAUUAACCCUAACCUUGACAGAUUAUUUUCUCUGUGAAUACUGAUGCUCAUAAACAGGUGAACUCAGUAUAUUCAAGAUUUCACUCAGGGUAUAUUUGUGUGUUUUUUCCCUGCAGAAUAAUUUCUGUGCUUUAAAAAAAAGUGUACCCAUUAUUUCCCCUGUGACAGAGUGGCACAGAGAUCUCACUUUGCAUUUGGUUAUCUAAUUUGUAUUCAAACAUGAUGAUGGAAUUCUAGCUAAAGUUUCUUGUAUCCCACUUCAUCUUUGGCAUUUUGUAAGAGAUAGAUUGGUACUUUGAGGCUACUACUGCUACUGCUCUGCAGACACUGCUUAGAUCUGCUGAGAUUCAUCUUGGAUUUUGUUAUAUUUUGGGUGUCAGCUAUUUAGAUUAGACUUAUUAUGCACCUUCAUUCACCAAAGAUCCCACAUAUUUAUUUCUUAAUGUUUUCAUAUUUAGUACACCUACAUACCAAUAAAUAUUUCUUACUGGGUCUGCCUUAUAGCUUAAAUAUAUUGUCCAUGCUUGUUGUAACAGCAAGGUAUAAAUUUCUACUGAAGUUAUUGUGAACAUUAGUCUUUAAAUGCAAAAGGAGUCUGUAAAUGCUUCUUAUGUGUUAUCUAGUCCUUCAUUAACAAUAAAGCAAUUAUUGCAUAAAGAAAA